AUGUACAUCAGCGAGGCGGACGUAACGACGGAAUUUCACCAGAGAUUGCGCCAUUACCUCAGGAACAGUGGAGUUUGGGCGGUGUUACGAACCUACCUUGAUCUACCGGAAUGGCUCUUGAACACGAACGGAAAGAGUCCGCAACAGAAGGACAUGGAGCCCACUAAGGACUUGACUCGACGGGCAUCAUCUCCUGCCGUUCACUGCGGAUCAGCUGGACAUACUGCCGAGGCUUGGCUACGAAGCGGAGGUGCUUCGAAAUCUUCCAGAUUCAUGAAUGUCUUCAUAGAUGUUCUACGACUGCUGGCAAUGCACAAGCUCUGCACAUGGAGUUUGGAAGAUGUCCAGUAUGCUGAUCCCGAAAGCGCUGAGCUGAUUCAUCACAUCGUGCAAGCCAAAAUUCCGCUUGUUCUUAUGCUCACGUACAGCGACGAAGAGACCCUACCCCGAGAACUCACCCCACUACUGCGUCACGCUACCAGAGUACAGCUUCUUCCUUUUGUAGAGGCCCAGACGGCCGACUACGUGGCUGAGACGCUCCAUCGGGACCAUCAGUAUAUCCUUCCUCUAGUAGCGGUAAUUCAGGAAAAGUCUCGAGGUAACCUCUUCUAUAUACGCGAGAUACUGGACACUUGCUAUCGGAAACGCUGCGUGUACUACGAGUGGCGCGAGAACACCUGGGUUUUCGACCUAGACAAAGUCUUCGCCGUUUUCGAGAGUCCAGAGUAUGGAUCAUCCGUUACGACUGACUUUAUAACAAAGCGGUUGACAGAAUUACCAUCUUCCAGUAGGAAGCUCUUGGCGUGGGCAUCCCUCCUGGGUGGCACGUUCUCGUUCGAACUUCUGAAGAAGCUCCUUCAGCCUGCGAACAAGCCCGCAGCUCAUGGGAGGCUACCACUAUUCGAGAGAGACGAGUGUGCCGUCACAGCUCUCGAUGCAGCACUGAAAGCCUACGUACUCAUGCCUGCUGAGCAAGAUGCUCGAUUCAGAUUCAGUCACGAUCGGUACCUUACAGCGGCUGUGAAUUCCCUCGACAAGGAAUGGGAUACGCAGUUGAUGCACUUCACCAUUGCCAAGAUGAUAACUUCCGGCGAGGAGUACAACGACGACUCAACGUCAGGCUCCAAGGCUUUGUACAUGCAGAGUCGUCACAUCUGUCUCGCUGCAGAACUGAUCAAGACCAAGGAAACAGUGCGAGCUCCAUUCCGUGAUAUGCUGUAUCAAGCUGGAGAAACUGCAUGCGAGUCGGGCGCGCGAUCAACUGGCAUCUACUACUUCGCGCACAGCCUCAUGCUUCUGCAAGACGAUCCAUGGGACGACAAUAGGCCGGACGUAUCCUACCAAGAGACGUUGCAGCUCUUUGUGCGCUCGGCAGAAUGCUAUUGGCACCAGGGCAUGUUCGAUGAGGCUCUUAGCUUGAUCCGGACGACCUUCCAGCAUGCCCGCGAUCCCUGCGAUAUGGCCAGUUCGUUCAUUCUACAAUCUAGGGUGUUUGCUAUUCGCGGCGACAGUUUCGGUGCGUUCCAGGCUCUCAAAGACUGUUUGUCUUUGCUCAAUUCCCCUAUUCCUCCGACAACAUGGGAGGCGUGCGAUGCUCAGUUUCAGCAGAUAUAUGGCACGCUUCAGAACAUCGAUAAGGAAGAACUGCUCAAGCGGCGUCCGUCUCCCGACGACCGUGUCCUGAUGACUAUUGGGCCUGUCUUCAUCGAACUCCUUAGUGCGGCGUUCUGGUCGAACAGCCUGCUUUUCUAUCAGGCGACGCUGAAGCUUAUCACCGUCCAUCUCGAAAAGGGUACCAUGUCACAGGUUGCCCUUGCAUACGUGCAUCUGGGCACUGUUGCGGGCGGUCGUUUCGGAAUGACGAAUUUCGCAGUCGACAUGGGUGCGAUUGCAAAGCGAAUCUUUCAGAUGUUCCCUGAAGACUACUACACCCUGGGAAGAGGUCAAACUUUGCAGCCAAUGUUUCUGGGUCACUUGGAAGCGCCUGUAGGCGAUCUGAUACCGAGCUUAGAAGCAGCCUUGCAGGCUUCACUAACUGCCGGCGAUCGCAUCCUCACACUUCUAAAUCUUGGUGUACAGGCUCACUUUAGGGUCAUGGCUUCAUACGACGUCGCAGAAUUGGAGGCCUGGAUUGAGGAAACACCGCUCGAUAUGCGAAACUGGCAGAAAGACAUGCGUGGAGGAGUUUUCCUCACGGCUGCUCGUCAAUAUGCAAGAGCGCUCCAGGGAAAGACUGACUCAAGCAACGCUCUUUCCCUCCUCUCGGACCACGAUCACAAUGAGGUCGAGUACAUUGAGUUCCUCGAAAAUACGGCCAGCAAUCCGAAGCGUCCCAAGUCUAUAUAUCUUGCAACCAAACUUCCGUUGUUGGUACUCUAUGGUCAUCAUUCGGAUGCAGUGGCUCUUGGGGAGAUGCUACUUCCGAUGCUGAGCAGUCUUUGGUCAGAAAGACUCAAUUACUCGGUCCGAUACUACUUAUCGUUGGCAUACAUGGCUGUUCUCCGAGAGAAGUCCGCUCAUAGCCGGAGAGACGAGAUGGUAAAACAUGUUCAUGAGACCCUCAAAUUGCUCGAGACAUGUUGCACCACCACUGAUGUCAACUACCGGGGCUGGAUACAUCUUCUCACUGCCGUCCUUGGGGAUGUUAAUGCCGAUCCGCAAUCCGCGCUGGAGAAUUAUGAGGCUGCCAUGGAGCAUAGCGAACGUUACGAAUUUGCAUUGGACGAAGCGUUUGCUCUCGAGCUCUACACCGGAUGGUUGGUAGACAAGAAGGCCUACAGGGCGGCCCGACAUUCUUUGAAAGACUGCAUCUCGGUAUAUCGGAGGAUGUCAGCAUACGGAAAAGCAAAUCACUUCGCGAGUCGGUAUGAGUGGCUAGUGCGUAGCAGCGCCUCGCUCACGACAGUGGACCAAGCUGUACAAACCUCCCUCGUAGACACGGGUAACACGGCCUUCAGACUGGAGCAAAAUGAUCAUGAUCAACUUCUGGGCGCGGAGACUGCAGUCGAUCGAACACAGAACUGGAUUGUCCCGGAAACACGGCGCCAAGAGUCUGCUCCAGCUCUACACAACGGUCUCUCCGCUGUCGGUCUGGACAUGCUAGACCUAUCCUCAAUCUUGGAGUCGAGUCAAGUCUUGUCUAGCGAGCUCGUCGUCGAUAAAUUGAUGGCGAAGAUGAGUACCAUUUUGCUUGAAUCUACGGGCGGUACCUUGUGCGGCAUAGUGAUUGAAGACUCACAAAUCGAAUGGUCGAUCGCAUGCGUUGCCACCAACGAGCCUGACAACGACAGUGGGGUCUCUUCCGGCGUCACAUCCUUCCCUGCCAGUCAACCUUUAGAUACUGUGGACGAUGUUGUUGCGCGGCAAGUGACGCUCUACACACUCCGCUUCCGAGAGAUAGUCUUCGUCCAGAACCUACUAGAAGACGACCGCUUCUCCAAUGUUUCUGACGCCUACCUUCAACGGAACCCCGAGGGGAAAGCAGUCAUCUGCAUCCCGAUUCUGCACAGCGAUCACCUUCUUGGUUCAAUAUACGUCGAGGGCCCGCCGAAUUCGUUUACCGAACGUAACACCCAGGUGCUUCGGUUACUGGUGAAUCAAAUUUCCAUCUCCUUAGCCAAUGCACUGCUUUUCAAAGAGGUGGAAAGAGUAUCCGCAAGCAACGAAGCCAUGCUUGAAAUGCAGAAACGCGCUUUGUCACAGGCGCGGGCAGCAGAGAUCAAGGCGAAAGAGGCUGAAGCCAUAGCUGUGCGUAACAUGAAGCUGAAAGAAGAAGCCGCGAAGGCAAAGAGUUUGUUCCUGGCCAACGUGUCGCACGAGUUGCGUACUCCCUUGAACGGCGUGAUUGGUAUGUCUGAGCUGUUGAAGGCUUCACCGCUAAACUCGGAACAAACUGGAUACGCCGAUUCAAUUCGUGUCUGCGCCGAUACGCUGCUCUCGAUCAUUAACGACCUUCUGGAUUACUCCAAGCUCGAGGCUGGCAAGAUGAAUGUCUUGGAGAUGCCCAUUUCAUUGAGCGAAACAAUUGCGGAAGUAGUCCGCGCUUUGGCCUACACGAACGCCGAAAGAGGCCUCAAAACCAUUGAGCAAUUGCAUCUGGAUCCAGAGAUGCUCGUUAUGGGCGACCCUGUCCGACUGCAUCAGAUUCUCAUGAACUUGCUGUCCAACAGCUACAAGUUCACGCCACGAGGAUCUGUCACUGUCCGCGCUGUUGUUGACCAAGAGACAGACGACUGGGCAGAUGUGACAUGCAGCGUUAUCGAUACUGGCAUUGGUAUUCCAGACGAACAGAAGCAAAAAUUGUUCCUUCCUUUCUCGCAGAUAGAGUCCAGCUCUGCUAGGAGCUACGGUGGCACUGGCCUUGGUCUGAGUAUUUGCAAAGCCCUCAUAGAGAACGUUAUGCAUGGUACAGUACGUCUCGACAGCCAGCCAGGCCAAGGUACAACGGUCACCUUUUCGUUGCGAUUCAAGAAAGUGCCGAAAGCGCAAGCAGGCAGUCAGCAGCAAAGGACACGAGAGCCAGACCCUAUGGCUAGGUUCUCAAGCCAGGAGAAUAACGGCCAUGAGCAACUGUCGGGUUCCUGCAUCGAUCUUUCCACGAUACCCAGACGAGAACUACGGGUCUGCAUCGCAGAAGACAACUUGAUCAACCAGCGCAUCGCAAUCAGCUUCGUGCAAAAGCUUGGCUUCAAAUGCGACGCUUAUCUCGACGGAUACAAGACUAUCGACGCUCUUGAGCGUGCUUCGGAGAAUGGUCGCCCCUUCCAUCUUAUUCUCAUGGAUGUGCAAAUGCCGCAUUGUGAUGGCUACGAAGCUACGAAACUGAUUCGCAAGCAUCCCAAUCCCGAGAUUCGAAAUGUACUCAUCAUUGCCAUGACCGCUUCCGCUAUUCAAGGAGACCGCGAGAAGUGCCUGGAAUCCGGCAUGAACAAUUACCUCGCGAAACCGGUUCGCGCGCAGACGCUCAAAGCGCUACUGGACUCAUACCUGAACAAGAACAAGGAGGUGGAAGAAAUCCCCAAUCUUGCGAUCGAGGCGAAAAAGUUGGUCAAACAAGCAUUGAACGAAGCUGAAGCGCUGCCUGAUGUCACGAGUGGACACAGGGAUCUCGAGAAAGACGUGCAGCAUGGAAAUGCUGCAGAACACGGGACGAAGCUGGAAAGGCCGUCCAGUGUUCGUAUGAGCACCACCCAACACAUAUUACCCAACGGCAAGACGGAGCCUGUACCGCCUUCCGAGUAA